UAUUUUCAUUCAGUUUGUAUUUUAUGAUGGCGAGGAGCGUAUCUCGCCUUUCAUUCAACAAUAUAUUAUUAUUGUUGUGUUUUAUCGGUUUUUGCAAAGCGCAUCUAGUUCCUUUUCCCGAAUUUGAUUCGGUUUCAUUAAUAAGUAAUAGUGUAUCAGUUGUUAACGAUGUCGAAAUCAGGAAAAUUGUUUUCGGGGUGCAAGGUAAAAAUUUACAAAAGAAAAUGCAGAUUAAAGUUACCGAAAAAAAUGCUCCGCGAAAUACAGAGUGUAAGGAGACGGACUUGACGAACUUUGAAAUUCAUGUUAUCAAGGAAAAUGUGAAUGAAACUCAGUAUGAGUUGCAACUUCCGAGAACUUUUAAUCAGACUGUUUACUUUUGUUUACCCCGAGAACCAAGUGAAAGAGGACUUCAGCAAAGUGUUACAGGAAAUCAGCUCGCUUGGUUCCACCAGGGUGAAAGUGUUGCUAUUAAAUUGGAUUCUGCCAAUUUUUCUUCCAAUGGAAGCUCUAUACAAGUGGAUGAUACACGAUCUCGAAGAGGUCAACUUGAUAGUCGCAGUGGUUAUAGGAUAUUCGGUCUUCGUUUUGAAAAUGGGGAAAAAGAACCUUUUUUUAAUGAAGAUGGAGUACCAGAACUUUUAGCUGGAAGAAAGUUUACACUUAGACUUUUCGGUUACGGUCUUAUAGAAGAAUUGCUUGUGGUUUUUACCCAAGAAGCUGGUCAAUAUGGAGGCACAUGUUUAUUUCCUAUUACCAAGCCUUUUCCGAUUAUAAGAGAAUCUGUGUUGGAUCAUACUGCCCAAGUGCAAAUAACUCUACCAAUGCUAGAUGGUCCCCUAUACCUGUGUGCAACAGAAGGUAUUCGGAUAGGAGACGAGGUCAUCUUUAACGGUACGCGACCUUUUGUACAUCAGGGUUCGGAAUUGUGGAUACGCGUUUCGGCCUGGGAAAAACUCCUUCCCCUUUGGGUUCAAGUAUUGAUAAUCGUUACAUGUUUGUGUUUUUCGUGUUUGUUCUCGGGUCUGAACCUCGGUCUUAUGGCCAUGGACCAAACUGAACUCAAAAUCUUGGUAAAUACCGGAAAUCCAACCGAAAGAAAAUAUGCGCGGGCCAUCGCCCCCGUAAGGGCAAAAGGAAAUUUCCUUCUUUGUAGUAUUUUGCUCGGUAACGUGCUGGUGAAUUCGAUUUUUACGAUUUUGUUGGACGAUUUGACCUCGGGGUUGAUUGCGGUUAUUUUUUCGACAUUGUGUAUCGUCAUAUUCGGUGAGAUCUGUCCCCAAGCAGUAUGCUCGAGACAUGGGCUAGCUGUAGGUGCUAAAACUAUUCAUAUCACCAAAAUCGUCAUGGUACUGACGUUUCCUCUCAGCUAUCCCAUUUCGAGGACUCUGGACUGUGUCCUAGGUGAAGAAAUUGGCAAUGUCUACACAAGGGAACGCUUGAAGGAGUUGGUCAAGUUACAAGUCACUACUGGUAAAAAUGAUCUAGACAGGGAUGAGGUGAACAUAAUUAGCGGUGCCCUGGAACUUCGAAAGAAGACCGUGGCAGACGUGAUGACAAAAAUAGAAGACGUUUUCAUGUUGGAUUAUGAAGCCGUUUUGGAUUUCGAAACGGUAUCGGAAAUAAUGAAAUCAGGAUUUUCUCGAGUACCCGUAUACGAAGGAAGCCGUAACAAUAUCGUGACUAUGCUCUAUAUUAAAGAUUUGGCCUUUGUUGACCCUGACGACAACACACCCCUAAAAACCUUGUGCCAAUUCUAUCAAAAUCCAUGCAAUUUUGUUUUCGAAGACACCACCUUAGAUGUCAUGUUUAAGAUAUUCAAAGAAGGUAACAAAGGACACAUGGCUUUCGUACAGCGUGUUAAUAACGAAGGGGAAGGUGAUCCUUUCUACGAAACCGUGGGUCUCAUAACACUCGAAGAUGUCAUUGAAGAAUUAAUUCAAGCCGAAAUUAUGGACGAAACAGAUGUAUUUACCGACAACAGAUCAAAACGAAGAAGAAAUGCAGAUAGAUCGAAACAAGAUUUUAGUGUGUUUGCAGAGAAAAAGGGUGAAAGUAAUAAAGUCCGGAUUAGCCCCCAGUUAACGUUAGCAGCAUUUCAAUACCUCAGUACAAGCGUCGGUCCAUUCAAAUCGGAUAGCAUAUCAGAAACAAUUUUAUUACGCCUUUUAAAGCAAGAUAUCUACCAUAAUGUCAAGAAAAGUAAAGAUUGGAGAAACGAUCCACUGACAUUAAUCUAUCAACAAGGUAAACCAGUGGAUUAUUUUGUGUUAAUUUUGGAAGGGAGAGUCGAAGUCACGGUGGGUCGUGAAAAUUUGGUUUUCGAAAGUGGUCCUUUCACAUUUUUUGGGACACAGGCCCUUAUGCAAAAUGUGGGAAUCGCUGAAUCGCCUUCAAGCGGUCCCACUGGCAGUCUCCAGUCUCUCAACAUGGAUGCCUUAAUAAAGGCUACAUUCCAGCCCGAUUAUUCUGUGAGAGCCUGUACGGAAGUCCUUUAUAUGAAAGUAAGGCGCAGUUUGUACUUAGCCGCAAAGAGAGCCACUCUUAUGGAGCGAUCCCAGAAGGACUCGACAGCAAGUGGAGAUCAAUUUGACGACGAAGUUGAAAAAUUGCUUCAUGCUUUUGAGGACGACAUCAGCACUGGUCGUAGAUCCCCUGACGUACAUCAAAUUCAGUCCCACCGUUCAAGUAUAGGAACGUCUAAAACUGGAACACCUAAAAUGUUAUCACCUCAAUCAGGAUCAAAGCUGGUGUCUUCGUCGAAUCAGUUAAGUCCCCCUCGGGGUAUGAAUGGACCCUUUAAGAAGUUAACAGAGGACGAGGUAAGCGGUUCAACAGGUCAAAAUUCUAUUGGAAAUGCCGCUAAUAAAGAGGAUAAGGAAGAAGAAAAGGUUUCAUUAUUAACUACUGUCUAAUGACAACGAAAUUUGUCGAUAAGCUUGCUCUUGUUGAAUGUUAUUGCAAAAUAAGUAAGAAUAAAAUGUGUACUUAGAGAAUAAGGAUAAAAAUACGUAUUUAUCAACGAACGUAGCUGUGCAAAGGGUUUUUAAGGAGACAAAUGUCGUAGAAAAUUGAUUAUAAUUUGUUAAUUGUUUUUAGAUUGUCAAAAUUGGGCGAAAAUUUAAAGACCUAGCAGAAUAAUAUGGUAAAGUGUACCUUUAAAAGGACAUUACUAUUUUGAGCACACUUUUUCUCAUAUUAUCCUGAUAGAUCCAUUGGGUCACUUAUGAUGCUUCUGGAUUUAAGGCUUUUAUCAACAAAUGACUCUUAAGUUGCUAAAGUGUGAAAAGGCCAGUGAAUUCGAUAAGUUUUAUAAAAAAUUGUUUAUUAAUUUUUCUUAUACUUAUUCUAACAAUUCAUAACUAAUAGGAUCGGUCUAAUAGUUAAUAGGAACUUGUGUCAUAUUUUCGACAAUAUUUUGUAUUUCCCGAUUACUAUCGAUGUAAUUAUUUAUAAUGAGCGAAACGAGAUACUAAUUUUUUUCUUAUAAGUAUGUAUUUCAGAAACUGGCAAAAAAUGACGAAAAUACUAAAAAUGACCAAAUUUGAACAACAAAAUAAUUGAGGACGAUUCUAAAUUUUAUGGAUUAUUAGAAUAAGGAACAAUAAAAAAUUAAUAAAAAGUUUUGUUAUAGAAGCCAUUUUCAUACUCUCAUCAACCCUAGUUUUUGAAUAUAUUUCUUAAUUGCUUACAUUGUAAUGAAUAAAUAAUAUUGCCCCCUGCGUAUUUUUAUCAAGGCAAUGUGUACUUAAAUGUUUUAGUAAAUAUAUCAUAUUAGCAAAAUUAGCAAUGGUUCUAAAUAUCGUAAUUGCAAGCACCCAGCUGUUCAUGAUUGUUAAUAUGUAUAUGUAAUAAUUAAUAUGUUACAAUCGUAUUAUCGUUAAACGUAAAGUGCAAAGAUAACUCACAACAAACGUACAAAGGGCCAAAACUAAAUGAAAUGAAAAUCACGCCACGUUUGCCAAAUUAGUUGUUAUUUUUACUACCCCCUCGCGACCACUGUAGCGUCAGUAUAUAUACUUACAUUUAUAUAUAAAAAGACUUUAAUUAUUACAAUAAUGUAGUCACAUAGUUGUUAUAUAAGAGCAAACAGUACUAAACGCAGAAAUGUUUAAAGAAUUACUUUAUUUUAUCUGCCCAAACUGAUGUAUAAUGUUGACGCAUUUUGUAAUUGUGAUUAUUUUAAAAGAAAAAAGUAAGUAUAGAGACAAAAUUGAAUUAAUAUAGUUUCACUUAAGUUCUUUUCAAACUUGAUUAAAUAUUUUUGUAUUGAAACGAACAUGAUGUUAUUAUUUGGACUUCAUCAAAACUUUUUAUUUUGCUAACUAAAGCCUGAAAAACAGUUGUAUUUGUUGUCUCUAUAUUUAUUUGUUUAAAUUUUGGUUUUGAAGGUUUUAAAAAGGGCAAAUUCGCUUUAAUUUUCAUUCUCAUAUAAAGUACGUAUCUGUUUAUAUAAUAAUGUUGUACUUAGACAGUUGUUUUCUGUUGAACGUUCCAAAUACAAUGUGGUGAGUGCUUUAAAAAAGACGUGCCUUUUUCCAUUACAAUAAAAUAAAAUUGUGUCCCUGUCUAUCCAUUCUUGUAUUAAUGACAUACAGGAGCAGAAAGUUCACAGCAAUAUAAAGUUCAUAUCAAAAUUUAGUUUUUUUUUUAACUAAUCUAUCAAAAAUUUAACAUUUUUUUAUAAAAGUUAUGGUUUUUGUAAAUACCUUUUUUAAACUCGUUAUAUUGACAAUCAGUUAACAUUCCUGUAAUAAGCAUUAUCAAAUUGCUCAUUUUUCUGUAACUGUACAAUUACUGUUAAUGCAGGUGCUGUUAAAACAUUUUAAAUACAAAUAAGGCUAUUAUAAUAUUUUGUUUGUUAAUUAACAGCUUUCUGCUCUGGUGCUCUUGUAUUAAUUUUUAUGAUAAUUUAAAGUGUUGUAGUAGAUGCAUAUGAGUGAAAAGUUUGAUAAAAGUAAAAUGUAGAUUGCAGAGCUUGCACAGUGUGAAAAGGCAAUAUGAAUUGAUGACCAAUUGUGAUUUUUUUUACUUUAACUAUUAUAGUUUCAAGUUGUUUUCAUUUGAUUUUUUUUAUUUUAGUAGAUAUAGUAUUAAUAAGCUUGUUAUUGUUUCUUUAUUUUUACUUUGACGUCAAGUCAUUCAGUUAAGUGAUUCUGAUUGCUCAUUUUUUUGCAUUUGUUUACUAUUAUACGAAAAUUGUAAUCAUGUUUUUUUUUGUUAUCCAAGUUUUUUUACGAUCUAUUUGGUAAAAACUUGAGAAGUGGCGUAGUGGACCGGACGAUAGGCGCUAUAAUAUCCGCUUUGUAGUUUAAAAAUUUGUUCUGCGGCAUGUCGUCUUUUUAAUAGUUUUAUAAAACCUUGUUGUUUAGUAAUAAGCUCUUAAAUUGUGAAUUACUACUAUAAACAAAGUCAAUAAAUAUAUUAUUGUAAA